AUGGAUACCUCCUCCACACCCUUGCAGAAAGGCGAAGGACAACCGCUGAGCUAUGAUGCCAUACUGAGCGCUGUACCCACCUCAUUACCGCCAGCCUAUCCUGUACAGGCUGCGAGCUAUCCCGGAUAUCCAGUGGCGACUCAUGUAUACAUCAUGCCCAACCAACCUCAUGGGCGCCGGUCUGCAUGCGGGCUCAUCUUCAAGCUAUUCGGUUGUACCUUUGUAUUCUUAGCGUUGGGACGUAUUGUCCACCACAUUUUCUAUCGGCACUCAACUUGGGAUGACGACUGGGACUGGAACAACUUGGGACGCUGGCCCACAUCAUCGAGCCCUGUACCAACAGACGGGCAUCAACACCCGCUGAAAUGUAUUCAAGGUGCUGGAUGGACUCCUGUCGACGACAGUUCUGAAGAUUUUCCGUCGAUGCACCUUGCCAAAGUUGACUUUGAACUGCCUUUUUCCUCUUCGGAAUUACUCUUCUUUCUCUCCACUGGGUCUCUUUCACAUGGCUCUAUCAAUAUGAUCGAGAAGAAGGGCAAUGGCGCUGAGCAAGACACAGUCGACGUAUCCAUUCUUGUUGGUUUCUACUCCCGUGAAGCUCUCUCCCGCGCAACCGUAUGCUCACUCGAACGCGAAGAAGGGCAGAAUGGAAUCGGAAUAUUCACUCCGACUGUCCACGAUCGCCACUCUUGGAGGGAUAUGUUACAGUUCAGCAUCACUGUUCGUCUUCCUACUCCAGGGUCAGGCAAAGCGCCCUUAGAUGUACCGGCUUUCGAGACAAGCUUCCAUAACUUCAAGCACUCCUUUAGUCUUUCAGAUACAUUUUAUCGGUUCGGUUCAGUUCGACUUCAGACCACGAAUUCUGGAAUCGAUGUUCAAUCUAUGGUUGUCGAACAGGUAAUAAUAGCUACGACCAAUGGUCACAUCCAUGGCUCAUUCAAUACCUCCACUUCGUUGACUCUCGUAACCACCAAUGCAUAUGUGGAUGUUGAGGCACAGCUUCACAAUGCGAACACCGAACAUCCCACUACUCUGCACACGAGCUCUACAAAUGGUGCGACCAAAGUAAGCGCAUCACUCCACAGCACCAGCGAAACCUCCGCUGGCUCUUUCAACAUCAACUCGAGAACCUCCAACAGCCCGCUUGAUGUCAGCGUGAACGACGCCCCUGCAGAUUCUACUCUCUACGUCUCUGGACACACUACGAACUCGCGGGCGCAGGUUCGCCUCCCUGCAGCGUACAAGGGGACGUUUGUGCUCUCGACUACCAACUCGCACCCUACGUUGGACCAUAGUGAGGAACGUGAGGACCCAUCCGGUCGGGGUAGGAAGAGGGUCAUUGAUGUGAAUCCGGUGGAUGGGAAGGGGAGGACUGUGAGUGGUGAAAUCAAGUGGUCACCAAGAGACGAGACCAGUAGGUCGAAGGGCGUGGUUGCGGUCAGCACGACGAAUGGUCCGGUUAAACUUUCCCUUUGA